UCUCGCGAGAUUUAGCGGCUUCAGCUCAGACAGUCCCGCACACAGUGGUGUGUAUUACGGUGUCAAGACGCGUUUAAAGUAACUUCAGAUAUAGAAGGUGUUUGUAAGUGACAGAAACAGUAAACAUGUAAGGGCUAACAUCACACUACUGUCGCUACCGCUAAAUAAGUCUGACUUUUUCAGAGAUACAGCGGGCGUGCUAGCCGGUCGCUAGUCGAAUGCUACCGUUAACCUCACCUGGGACAACGUGAUCAUUGAUUCUGUUUAUUUGAUUGCUCUUAAAAAUGAAGUGUCACUAUGAAGUGUUGGGUGUGAAACGUGACGCGGGAGACGAUGAUUUGAAGAAAGCUUAUCGUAAAUUGGCCUUGAAGUGGCAUCCUGAUAAAAACUUGGACAAUGCAGAGGAAGCAGCAGAGCAGUUCAAGUUGAUUCAGGCAGCUUAUGACGUCCUGAGUGACCCACAGGAGAGAGCUUGGUAUGACAAUCACAGGGAGGCUUUGCUGAAAGGAGGGCUCAGUGGGGAUUAUGAAGACGACAGCAUUGACCUGCUGCAGUACUUCACGGUCACAUGUUACUCAGGCUACGGAGAUGACGAGAAGGGCUUUUACACCGUUUACAGGAAUCUUUUUGAGUCCAUUGUUAAGGAGGAGAUGGAACACAGCAAGGUGGAAGAUGAGGAAGAGGAAGAGGAGUUUCCUCCCUUCGGGGACUCGCAGAGUGAUUACGAUACCGUAGUGCAUGUGUUUUAUGGCUACUGGCAAAGCUUCUGCACUCGCAAAAACUUUGCUUGGAAGGAGGAGUACGAUACGAGGCAGGCCUCCAACCGCUGGGAGAAGAGGGCCAUGGAGAAGGAGAACAAAAAGACUCGAGAAAAAGCUCGAAAGGAGCGCAACGAUCUGGUGCGACAGCUGGUGGCCUUUGUGCGUAAGCGCGACCGCCGCGUGCAGGCCCACAGGAAACUGGUGGAGGAGCAGAAUGCCGAGAAGAUUAAGAAAGUGGAGGAGCUGAGACGGCAGCAGAAGCUCAAACAGGCCAAGCUGGCAGAGGAGUAUAAGGAGCAGAGCUGGGCGGCCAUGUCUGAACUCGAGAAGGAGCUGCAGCAGAUAGAAGCUCAGUACGGAAAAGAGUUUGGAGAUGCAUCUGAAAGUGAGGAAGAGGAGCUGGAGAAGAACAGCGAAGAGGGCGGAGAGGCCGAGCAGCCGGAUGGAGACGAGCUGACGAUUGACGAUUACGAUGAUCUGUACUGCCCAGCGUGCGACAAAUCCUUCAAGUCAGAUAAAGCCAUGAAAAACCACGAGAAGUCUAAAAAGCAUCGGGAGAUGGUGGCUUUGCUAAGGCAACAGCUGGAGGAGGAAGACGAUGCACUUGGUUUGCAUCUGGAGGGAAGUGAGAAUGAAAAUGAGGGGGAAGAGGAGGAAGAGGAAAAGCCAAGGCAAAAGCUGUCCAAAAAACAGAAGCGGAAAAGAAAACAGCAGAAAGCGGCCCCACUAAGUGCUCCAGGGGAGGAAGACGAGGAAGAACCAGCACUGACCACCUGUGAGGAAGAUGCCUCCAAGAAGUCAGCAGCAGACCCCACGGAGCCUGAGAAGCAGGAUGAUCUACCUCCCACAGAGGUCAAGAGCACUGGGAAGACGAAGGGAAAGAAGGGAGGAGGAAAAGACAAACCAAAGAACGUCAAGCAGCACACAGGAGAACAGUUUCCUGAGAAGGAAGUGAACCUCCGUUGUGUCACUUGCAAUAACGAGUUCUCCACAAGAAACAAGCUGUUUGACCAUCUGAAGUCCAGCGGCCACGCUACAGCCCUCUCCGGAAAUACUCCUCAGAGCUCCAUGAGCAAGAGCAAGAAAGACAAGAAGAAGAACAGAUAACACAUCCUGACCUGGACUUUUGAACUUGAAAGAGCUUCACUCAGCAGGGACACUUAAAGGCUUAAAAAACAAAACAAACAAACCUCUAAAGGGGUCUAAAGUGGACAGCACUGGCUGACUCGUAGCUUUGUUUUUUGUUUUUUUAAUUACACUAUAAUGUUCAGUAAUACAGUUGUGUCAAAAAGUGAAUCGUCCAGAAUGGAAUGAAUAAAACUUUCCGAGCAGCCUUUCAUAACUUAUGACAGUCUUCAUACUGAAACCAGUUGAGAGAAAGAGUUUUUGAUGUGUAUGUGAUACUUCUAUCUCCGAUAUUAAAUCUGUACAUCUCCAGGAAA